AUGAAGAGUGAACAAGAAAUUCGUCGGGAUGAAUUAUCAUUCAUUCAACACCGUAUUGAAAUAGCUAAACAAAUGAAUGGAAUUAUUGAAAGUAAAGAAAUUAUUCAACAAAAAGAAAUUUCAGCAGAUGUAGUGAUUAUAUUUGACAGUAUUUUUGAACAACAGUACGCUUUAUUAAAUCAGUUUAAUCAACCACAAACAAAAAUAUGCCUUGUUUAUUGUGGAAGCCAAAUGAAAGUUACACAAUUUAAUCCAUAUGAAAAAGCACUAAAAGCUCUUCGUUAUCUUUCUAAAAGACGACACGAAAAUUCUUUUAUUUCAUUAGGGAAAGUUUUUAUUGAAUUACUAAGGAUCAUAAAAUGGAGUAGUAUUCAAAAGCAUAUUAUUCUUGUACUAAAUAAACAACAUUUAAUUGAAAAUGAAUUACCAUUGGCGUGUUGUUCUCAUAUUAAUAAAAACCUAAAAGAAGUUUCAGUUUCAAUACAAUUAACAUUACCAUCUUUAUAUGAACAAGUUGUUCAAUUACAACAAAAAUGUUUUACAAAUUCAAAACUUAUUCUUCAACACGAUAUUCUUUAUCCAAAAAAACCAACAAGUAAUAAAGAAGAAUCAAUUAGUGGAUAUAUAAUUGAAGUACCAAAAGAGUAUUGGGAAGAAGAACAUUUUGAUAAUACUUCAAGUCCUACUUUUUAUACAGUUCAUAGAGUUAAUGUAAAAAGAAAAGUUGAGUGUAGUAGAUGGAGUGAAGAUCAAAGAUUUGCUGAAUAUGAUUGUUUUUUUGAUGGAUUAGAAGGAAAGUUAAUGAAAGACAUGAACGAAGAAAGAAGAGAAUUGGCUAUUUAUUUUGAAGAAAUUCUUCAAAGAAGCUGGGCAUGUUAUAUGGGAGAAAAAUUUAGUAAACAAACAAGUAAUGGAUAUAACAGUAAAACAAUAAAAAUACUUCCAAGAAGAUUAUUUAUUCAAAAUGAUACAAAUGAAUUAUUUAAAAAUGAUAAUUGGAAUUAUUCAAAAGAAGAAAUAAUAAAAAGGUUAAAAGGAAAAGAAGUAUAUUAUAUUGAGCAUAAAGCAAAAGGAAAAAAAAUAUUUAAAGGAAAUGCAUGUAAAGAAAGUCUUACAUUAGAAUGUUUUAUGCAUUGGAAUUAUUAUGAAAGCAAAGAAAAUGGAAUUGUUAUUAUUGAUAAAGGAAGAUAUCAUUCUAAAACUAAUCAAUAUGAAAUAGAAGAAUGUCACAUCGUUCACAAUAAUUUAUUAAAAUUCUUUUUUAUUGAAUACUCUAUUAAAGAACGUACUUUUACAUUCUUUUCUCAACACCAUUGUAACAUUCAUUGUAAAAGAAUGAAAUUAAUUAGAAACAAAGACCAACCGUUAACAGAAAAUGAAAUGUUUGAGACAGUUAUGGUUCUUAAUCAAAAGUAA